AUGCUUGACGGAAUAAAACCAUACGUCCUGAACCCCACUCAGAGGCUGCAUUGUGAAGUUGACGUGUCUCGCGAGUUUAUGUCCAACGUUUUUGGUGGUAAUACACAGUACACAUUUCCGGCGAUAGGCAAAGACAAAUUUAGGAAGCAUGGUCUCAACGAUUUCAUGUAUCUUUCGAAGAGUUAUAAUCCUGUUGCACCAACGAUCCCAGGUCAAUCUGGACUAUUCUUCUCACAUGAUAAUUUUUGGCUUUCAAAUAUCAAUCCUACUGCAAAAGAGCUUGAAGACGCUGAACAGCCUGGAUGGGCGAAAGUCAGCCAGAGGGUUUUGACGCGUCUGAAGCCAAGUCACUGGUUAUAUGUCGGUCAGUAUACCGUGUCCUUCUCCAGGGCACUUGCUCCAUCGGAAUGGGAAAAUCUAUCAGAGAAAGUGAAAGGUACAUGGGUGGAGAAUAUUGCUGAACGUGACUGGGCAACUAUUGUCCGUGCGCGCAUCUUACUCCGAGACCGUUUAGGCAGGAGACCUUCCGUGGCGGAGGUUAACAAUAAGCUCAAACGAGCAAAGAAAUCCGGAACCAAAUUUAAAGACAUCUCAGAAGACCGCAUUCUGAAGGCUUUUCAAACCGGCGAAGAGCUCCUGCUGAUGUGGACAAUGGAAUGUAUGGAUUAUGAUGCAGACUUUCAACUUCGGUUGGCAAAUGAGUCAAAACUCUGGAGCUCAUCGCACCAGAAAUCCACGAAGCAGGGCAUGAAGACCAAAUCAAGGAGUCGGAAAAAAGGCAAGGAUGCAACGACCAAACUGACUGUGACCCCUAAUCGUAAACGAAAGAGAAGUGACGAUUCGGAUUAUGAGCCAACUGGUCGAUAA